CAUUUUGAUCGACCCAGCGAUAUCAGUAUAUGUACGUGAUUACCAGCUUAUGCGCAGAAGCGUGCUACAACCCUCCUGAAGUAGUGACAUUAGUUUUCUGGGUAGGCUAUUUCAACUCAGCCCUCAACCCUCUCAUUUACGCCUAUUUCAACCGCGAAUUCCGCGUCGCGUUUAAGAAAACCCUUCAAAGUUGCUGCGACUUUGCCACGAGGUUGAUAACGCGACGGAGAAAGAACCCCCACGACCCCUACGUCUACAGCAACGCCUCGAGCGAGCUACAAGUGAACAGCCACUUUCGUACAGACCACCACCGAAAAAACGACAAUAACAAAAGGAUGAGCUGCCUCUCAGAGGGUGAGAGUCUUAAUUUUCAUACGGAGGCCGUCAUUUAAUCCGUCGAAUUAAUAUUAUCAAUGUAUAUUGUUAUGAUCACGA